UUAGAUUGACGCUGCGAACGGGAAGGUCAUGGAUCGUGAACGACGCGAACUGCGAAGUUGGUCAAUAGAACCACGCGAUCGACGUGUGCAUGCAGUAAGCCCAAUGCAUUUGCAGGAAGGUCGAAUUCUCAACUCAUUGCUUCAUGAGGCUCAUAAUAUUUCCACUUCAAGCAAUAAAAUAAAUGCUCAUCAAGUGGAUGACACUGAAAUUGAUGGAGUGGAAGAUACCAAAUUACAGCAGAUGAUUAGCAAAUACCAGUCACAAGUAAUUCAGCAACAGCAACAGCUGUCAAAUCGAACUAAUCAUGAACUUAUCAAGAGCUUUGCAACUUCGUCUGCAGCCGCUGCUCAACAGCAAAUGCCAUUGAUGAGUCAUUCACAGCCAUGUCUUAUAGCAAUCAACGACCAGAAAAAUGAACUAGUCACAGAAUCUGCAUCGCCAGUUUAUCAUCCCAAUCCACCAUUUGAUGGGAUCGAACAUACAAAUUUAAAAGCACAACUAAUUGCUAAUCAAAAUUUAAUUCGAGCAUUACAAGAUGAAAAUUCUGCCCUGAAGCAACAAUGCGAUUUCUUAACUGUCAAAGCCAAUCGUCUACAACAGUUGGAAAAAGCCUAUGAGACUAUCGAAAAGGAGUAUGAAAAUUUGACGGCACAGAAAGAGAGGCAGGACAACCUUGAGAAAGCGGCACGUAUGAAAAUGGAGCAACAGAUAUCGAGGUAUGCUUCUGAAAACGAAAUGUUGCGAGCGAAAAUUGCGGAAUUAAUACGAAGAAUACAGGCGGAAGAUCAGUCAGAACAAAUUAACAAGCUUAAUUUGUUGCUCAAUGAAAUCAUCCCCCAGAAUAAAGAAUUGAUGACAUGUAAGGAGCGACAGAAAAUGGAUAUUGAAGCAUUGGAAGUUACUUUGAAGGAUCAAAGGAAUCACAUUCAAAUUUUGGAGAAGGCUCUGGGAAAUGCACAAGAAAAAGCAUGGAGGAAGGAAAAAGAAGUGGAGGAGCUCACAGAGAAGGUAGAAAGGGCCGAGUCGUUGCAAAAAGCUGUUGAAAAAUCAAUGUUUGAUAAGCGAUCUCGAGAAGAUGAAUGGAACCGUGAAAGGGCACAACUUGAGAUGGAAAAUGCGCAACUGAAAAUGCAGUUGGCUAAAGAAAGUGUUUCAGUUGGAGUGAAAAAGGGUUCGAGUGCUAGAAAUCCAGAAAGUGAUGAGUUGACAAAACUCAAAAAAACUCUUCAUGCGAAAGAGGAUAUUAUUGCUCAGCUGGAAAAGAAUGUUAUUGAACUAGAAGCCAAAUUUCACGAAGAAAUGCAGCGAAAUAAAAUGGCAAUAGCUACACAGUCGGAUACACUCUCGGGCAAACUUAAAAAGAUGGAAGAAGAAAAAAGUGAAAAAGAUCGUAAGAUAGCAGAAUUAACGGAAGAGAAAGAAAGACUAUCCGAAAAACUGGAAGACGAGCGCAAAAGUUCAGAAAGCAGAACAAGUUUGUUGGAAAGAGAAAUUGAUCGCAUUAGGAGUAGUGAUGAUCGCAGGUUUCGCGAAGAUAUGGCGCGCAUGGAACAAAUGCGUCUGAAAAUUGCUGAUAGACGCUGUUUUACAACAGAACGUUCCCGUAACCGAUGCGUACAUCAUGGGCGAACAUCAUCCGGGACACGCGCCGGAUUCGUUCAUGUACAUUUGAGAGCAAAUUCAGCAACAGCACUUCUACCUACCGACUUGCAUCUUUCACCAGAUGCCCUUCCCACAUCAUCCGACAUACCAUUAGAUCUGUCAAAUGAUAGUAGUGCUACUUCUGCUACUUGUUCAACCAGCAAAGCUUUAAUAACGUUCCCUCAUUCCUCAUCAUGUCAAGAGGAGAUAUUCGCGGAUCAAAACGCUGCUUCUACUGAUGCGAAGGGAAUAUACGGCGCAAGUCUGAAUGGCUAUACACGACCAAUUUCAAUACCACCGCAUUAUGAUUUGACGUUUUCUGAUAAUGAAGGUAUAUAUUCUAGAAUUUCGAAUCGACCAGUUGAAAAAUCAAAUGCUAUCGUUGCCGCUACCAUCGUUAAUGAAGAACUUUGCCGAAAACAGAUUUCAGCCGAGGAGAUCUGGGAUGUUUAAGUUCUUGAAAUACUUUUGUAGGGAUGUGUAAAAUUUUCUUUAGAUGAUAUCCUAAUAAGUCGAUUCUAAGCUUUGCUAUACGUGGUUUCACAGCAUAACUUUUUUACUAGGUAAGGGAACGUGCAAAAAGUUGUAAUAAAAACUCGCCUUUUUAUGCAAAAAAAAGCUUUAGCUGAUUGAAAGAGAA